AUGGAUGAUGCAAUUGUUGUUUCCCUUGUUCAGCAAGUUGGUACCUUGAGUUGUCAUCCUCUUGCUGCGUUAAUUCAGAGUUGUUGUGUUCUUAUGAGGCGUAUUGGCAACUGUCAUCUUGCUCAUGUUUAUAGAGAAAUGAAUGUUGUAGCUGAUCAUAUGGCUAACUGGAGCUUUAACUUGAAUUUGGGGGUUAGCGAUUUGGAUGAGGCCCCUGCUUCGGUUAGCUCUUUUUUUAGGAUGAUUUUUUUAGGAGUUGUUAGGCCUCGUUUAAUCUAUACUAGUUAG